AUGAGCAAGGUGGAGAUGGGUGAGGAGGAACAAGAACAAGAAGGUACAGCAGUAGAUGAUCCAGAGAAGAAGACGAACAAGGCGUCAGCUGCGGGCACUCUCUCGCUGCCGUCGCCGUCCAUGAGGGAGGCACUCUCCUUGUCUCUGAGAGAGCAACACCACGACGAAGAGGUAGAGCUCAAAUGGGCAGCCAUCGAGCGGCUGCCCACCCGGGACAGGCUCCACACCUCGCUCCCUCUCCAUGCCAACGCCACUCAUCCGUUGGAGCCGGUGGACUGGUACAAAGCACCCCAACAAGAUAAGAAAAUACAAACAGGUCCCUGGGGAACCAACCCACUCCUCCAACCAUCGCAGGCUGCCGAGGCGCCGCCGUUGCUGCUGUCGCCGCUCCCACACAGAGCCGGCAUGACCUUGGAAUUUGCAGAUGGAUUGAACACAGACGAGAAGUCUUCAACCUCGGCCCUAGAGGACCAGCAUGGCGGAAAGAGAAGAAGGACGGCCAUCAGUAAACUACACCAGCGACAAUACAUCUCAGAAAUCCUUGGAGCACCCCCACAAGCACAUGACCCUGCCUCUGCAUCGACGAUAGGGAAGACGUCGACACCAUGA